ACUGGCUAUCGGGCGCUGCUUCCUGACCGCCAACUUUGGCGCCGUAUUUGUCCUGCGUCUCCAGUACUUUGCUUGCUGGCUGUUGGUCAUCCGUGUCAGCUGAAGAUCUCUCAUGUCGACGACGAUGGGUCACUCACUGGUGCCAUCGUCGUCCGAGUUCACUGUGUCGUGCUGGUCAAGCGCCGGCGCUGCUGCCGAUGAUCGAUGGAUGGACGCGAUCUUCGCGCCAUCGUCAUCGUCCUGGCAGAAAGGCUGUCUAUCGUUUUGACUGGCAAGACCAUGGCCGGUCCUUCGCUCGAGCUUUUCAAGUUCUCAUUCUACGUCUUCUUUCCUAUUGCAAUGAUGAUCCACUACGGCGACCCCGAUUGGUAUCAUCGCAACGUCUAUGCCUUUCGAGACCACUUCACCAAGCCAGAGAUUGAGCAUAGACGGUCGCCUCAGAAUGAGGACGAACUCAGGGAACGGUUGGCUCAGGCCAGGUUGGAAAGACUCGCCAAGCGAAGGGACCGACUUGCAGACCGGCAGCAGUCAGUCGGUGCCGACGAUCGUCUGUUACGAGACCAAGAACAAAAGGUAGCAGACGCCAGAAGGCUCGUCUGA